AUACAAGAAACAUCUCCGGAGAUUCAAAAGGCAAAAAACUACUCAACAGAGCAAAACCAAGUGACUUAUUUUUAUUGUGUACCAAAAAAAUUCAUAAAAACAAAAAAGUAUGGCUGGAGUGAGAUCAGAGCCGAUGAAGGUUGUCUUCAUAAACACACAGUACGUUCAGACAGAUGCUCGGAGCUUCAAGACGGUUGUUCAAGAACUCACCGGUAAAAACGCAGUCGUCGCCGAUGGUUCUUUUGAAUUCACUGGGCAAGGCUACGGUGGUAAAGAUUCAUCACAGAGGUUCUGCAACGCAGGAAAAGAAACAGAAGGAGGUGCAGAGACGACAGAGUUCGAUUGCUUUUUCAGAGAGACCCCUCCCGUCGGCGAAUUGUAUAAUCUUUGGUCAGACAAUUGACUCUUAGUGAAAAAAAUUCGUUUUUUAUUAAUUUUAUUUUCCCCCACUCUUUUCCACAAAAUUUGGCCCAUUUAAGGCCCAUUAUUAGUAUCAUCAUCUCAAGCCUCUGUAAAAUACGCGAGUGAUCUGAUCCCUUAAUUACUCCUUUAGAAUGUGAACAUUUUUUUUUUUUUUUUGCUUAUUGCAUUUUUAAUGUACAUAAUAAGGAAAUAAUAUGCAAUUUUUGAAA